CCGCCGCCGCUGCCGGCCGAGUACAACCCGUUCGCCAACAAGGCCAUCCUCCGGGGCAGCCAGUCCGAAGUGGGCAGUGCGGGCCCGGGUCGCAAACCCCACCCUCAAUUGCUGCCGCCAAGGCCUCCGAUGGACGAGCUGAUCCCCCUGCGGCCCGUCAACACCCCGAGCCAGGGCGGCGGCAAGGGCUCCGACGCGCUGCCCGCCAUCCCGGAAGCACCGCGCCCCGAGCGGCCCCCCGAGCGGCCCGGGUCGGCCGGCAAGCACCACCUGGACGGUCACAUCCACACCGUGGCCUCGGGGCCCGCGCCCGCGCCCGCCCUGACCCCCAUCGGCCACCACCAGGGCGGCCUCGGGCAGGGUCACGGACACGGCCACGGACACGGCCACGGCGCCGGCCACAACGGGGACCACUCGCUCAAGGCCGCCAAGCCCACCGAACUGCUGGAGCAGGUCAACAAGGACUCCAUCAUCGACGUGCACCAGGCCGAGGUGGCCGUCGUGGCGGACCCGGCCAUCCACCGCGACGAGGACAACAUGAAGGAGGUGCUGAUGGUGCCGGCCACGUCGCCGCCGUCGUCCGUGGUGUACGGCCUGGGCACCAUGUGGGGCGUGCUGGCCGCGCUGUGCCUCGUCGCCGCCGUGUUCGUGGACUCGCGCACCCGCCUCGUGCCGCGCGUCCACUUCACCAUGCUGCUGGCGCUGCUGCUGGCGCUGGCCGCCGCCAACUCGGUGUCCCUCUUCUACGACGUCAUCAACCACGACCAGCUGCAGCAGCAGCAGUGA